CUGUUCCUCUGUCCUCGCUCAAGAUGGCGCUGCUCGCGAUACAUUCUUGGCGUUGGGCAGCCGCGGCGGCUGCUUUCGAAAAGCGGCAGCGUUCAGCAAUUUUGAUCCAGCCUCUAGUUACUGUCCUCGGCUCCCAUCCGCGGUGGCAGUCACAUCUGCGCGGCGCCGCAGGAACUGCUCGCAACUACCAGAUCUCAGAGUUAUUAAGAAAUGCUACAUGGCAAAGAUGGGGAAAAGACAAUUCAAGACAGUUGUUAGAUACUACAAAGGCUUUGCAGGCAUGGCCACUGAUAGAAAAGCGGACAUGUUGGCAUGGUCACGCAGGAGGAGGACUACAUACGGACCCAAAAGAAGGGUUAAAAGAUGUUGACACUCGGAAAAUUAUAAAAGCAAUGCUUUCUUAUGUAUGGCCCCAAGACAGGCCAGAUCUACGAGCUAGAGUUGCUAUUUCCUUGGGAUUUUUGGGUGGUGCAAAGGCCAUGAAUAUCAUCGUUCCUUUCAUGUUUAAAUACGCUGUAGACAGCCUCAACCAGAUGUCGGGAAACAUGCUGAACAUGAGUGAUGCACCAAAUACAGUUGCAACCAUGGCAACAGCAGUUCUGAUUGGCUAUGGUGUUUCAAGAGCUGGAGCUGCCUUUUUUAAUGAAGUUCGAAAUGCAGUAUUUGGCAAAGUAGCCCAAAAUUCAAUCCGAAGAAUAGCUAAAAAUGUUUUUCUCCAUCUUCACAACCUGGAUCUUGGUUUCCACCUGAGCAGACAGACAGGAGCUUUAUCUAAAGCUAUUGACAGAGGGACAAGAGGUAUCAGUUUCGUCCUGAGUGCUUUGGUGUUUAAUCUUCUCCCUAUCAUGUUUGAGAUGAUACUUGUCAGUGGUGUUCUGUAUUACAAAUGUGGUGCCCAGUUUGCAUUGGUAACCCUAGGAACACUUGGUGCAUACACAGCAUUCACAGUUGCAGUCACGCGGUGGAGAACUAGGUUUAGAAUAGAAAUGAACAAAGCAGAUAAUGAUGCAGGCAAUGCUGCUAUAGACUCACUGCUGAAUUAUGAAACUGUGAAGUAUUUUAAUAAUGAAAAUUAUGAAGCACAGAGAUAUGAUGGAUUUUUGAAGACAUAUGAGACUGCUUCACUGAAAAGUACCUCUACUCUGGCUAUGCUGAACUUCGGCCAAAGUGCUAUUUUCAGUAUUGGUUUAACAACUAUAAUGGUGCUUGCCAGUCAGGGAAUUAUGGCAGGUACCCUUACUGUUGGAGACCUAGUAAUGGUGAAUGGACUGCUUUUUCAACUUUCAUUACCACUUAACUUUCUGGGAACUGUAUAUAGAGAAACUAGACAAGCCCUCAUAGAUAUGAACACUUUGUUUACUCUACUCAAGGUAGACACCCGAAUUAAAGACAAAGCAAUGACAUCUCCCCUUCAUAUCACACCACAGACGGCUACAAUAGCCUUUGAUAAUGUGCAUUUUGAAUACAUUGAAGGACAGAAAGUCCUUAGUGGAUUAUCUUUUGAAGUCCCAGCUGGAAAGAAAGUGGCCAUCGUAGGAGGUAGUGGAUCAGGGAAAAGCACAAUAGUGAGGCUGUUGUUUCGCUUCUAUGAGCCUCAAAAAGGUAGUAUUUACCUUGCUGGUCAAAAUAUACAAGAUGUGAGCCUGGAAAGCCUUCGGAGGGCAGUGGGAGUGGUACCUCAGGAUGCUGUCCUCUUCCAUAAUACUAUUUACUAUAACCUCUUGUAUGGAAACAUCAGUGCUUCACCUGAAGAAGUGUAUGCAGUGGCAAGAUUAGCUGGACUUCAUGAUGCGAUUCUUCGAAUGCCGCAUGGUUAUGACACCCAAGUAGGGGAACGAGGACUCAAGCUUUCAGGAGGAGAAAAGCAAAGAGUGGCAAUUGCAAGAGCCAUUUUGAAGGACCCCCCAGUCAUUGUCUAUGAUGAAGCCACUUCCUCAUUAGACUCAAUUACUGAGGAGACUAUUCUUGGUGCCAUGAGGGAUAUGGUCAAACACAGAACUUCUAUUUUCAUUGCACAUAGAUUGUCAACAGUGAUUGAUGCAGAUGAAAUCAUUGUCUUGGACCAGGGUAAAGUAGCUGAACGUGGUACCCACUAUGGUUUGCUUGCUAACUCUGGCAGUAUCUAUUCAGAAAUGUGGCACACACAGAGUAGCCAUGUGCAGAACCAUGAUAACCGUAAGUGGGACACAAAGAAAGAAAAUGUGUCCAAAGAGGAGGAAAGGAAGAAACUACAGGAAGAAAUUGUCAACAGUGUGAAAGGCUGUGGAAACUGUUCCUGCUAAUUCAUAAGAAAUAUUUUCUUUUCAAUCUUUGGACUGCACUUCAAGUACAAUUCACUGAUGAAGCAGAAUUGUUAAUUAAAACAAAAAUCACACAUUUCCAUUUUCUAUAAUCCUUUAAAUAAUGUAUAAGAUUUACUUAAAGGAGGAUUUGAGUUUAACAUCUUUCACUCUAUUCAAUGUGGUAUCUGUAUUUAUCCCAGAUUAUUUCUUAUUACUUCUGCAGAUAUGCUCAAUGCAUAAUUUUUGUGUUAACAUUUUAGUUUACCUCAUAACUCUUUUUUUUUCCUUUGGUACCAGGAUCGAACUCAGGUCCUUGUGCUUGCGAGGCAGUCACCAGAAACACUGAGCUAAAUCCCUGGCCCCUCAUAACUCUUUUUGAGGCCUGACAUCCGUAAUCAGAUAUAUCAGAUUAGAUUCCAGAUUUUUAUUUCUAAAACCUUUGUGGUCACAGUUUGGAAAAAAGUAUCUUUUUCUUGAAAUUAUAGAAGAGAGGCAAUGUAGGUUCUCUUUUCUUUUCUCCUCUUCCAAUCAAAAUACUUCAUUAAUGUGGAAAUUAGUUUAUAAAUAUAAUUAGAACUUGUGAGAAAUAGACAUCCAUUUAUAGUUUGGAUAUCUUAAUAGAUACCUAUAAUUCAAGUUUUGGAAUUUCAACUUUCUUUGUACUGUACAUUUUAAAAGAAAAACUUGAAUUCUCAUGUUUGUGUGUAGAAUAUUAAUCUUUAACAUAAUAACACACCUAGGAAUUGGAAUUUCAUUCUCCCCCCAAAUGUGGCAAUGUUUUUGUCUUGAACUAAAAUUUAUGCAUUGUACUUUAAACACUUAUAAACCUUAAUAUGAUUUGACAGUUGCUAUACUGGGAGUGAUCGAAAAAGCUUAGGAUAUUAAUAGCCUUUGCUGUUUCCACCUAAAACACACUCCUUUUGCUAUCUAAAGUUAUAUUAACAAACAAAUACAUAGUGUGUUGUGUACAUGCACAUGUGUGUGAAUAAAUAACUAUCCAUUUAAAAAUUAUUAAAUUAAAUACCU